AUGUCGCCGGUCGCGGCUGCAAAUAAUCUAUCCACGGAUGGUACAUCGGCUCAUCGAGGCCACGAAGCUCAACCUGUUGACAUAGUAGUCGGUGCGAAUGGCGGCUCAUCCAUUAUACUACCUUCGGAUACAUUGACGGCUGCUGAGCCCUUGAACGAUGGUCAGGCUUAUUACAUGUUUCUUCCCGCCCAGUGCGCUGCAACACACACUAACGCUUUGCCAACAGACAUUCCGUAUACCUCUGGAAGUUAUGCGUACUAUGAUGGCCGCGUCAAAAACGGUGUCCCUGCCAAACUGCAGAAUGUUGACCACGGUAAAAAUGGCAACUUUGCCGUCAUGCACAUGGGAGUAACGAAUCUUGCUUCCGCCGAACGGCUUGCCGCAGCGAGACGAACGAGUGAGGGGACUGCAGCUGCUUCCAGGUUAUUCAACCAAGCCGGUUACAAGUCACUACGGCAAUUAAAGCAGAACGGCCCAGCUGUAGAAUCGCAACAGCAGGAGUUGGUACCGAAUACUGCACGCAAGGAGAGGACCAGAGGCAAGCCACAACCUGGCCAUGGAUUUGCCCAGAGAACGACGUCACUAUCGUCCCAUGAGACAAAGACGGAGCAGGCUCGACUUUUGACUCUGCUGAGGUCGUUGAACCCUGUCAUGGUUGUCGACCAGCUUUGCAGAGGACUCGCAUAUUUUGGAGGCAUACCUGGGGCUCCUCCACCGGCAGAUGAUAGUGCCUUCCCGCAGAGUAACGCCGCAAAUGGUUCUGGUCAUUACUUCGUUGGCUGGCUUGCCGAAAUAUUUCCAAACGUAGAUGCCUCAACAGCUCCUCACCCCAGCGUACCCGACACAUCUCCGCCAGGGAACCAUCCAGCGACGACUGCCUCUCCUUGGAUGUCCGCGUCUUCCCCGGCUUCAAAGUCCGCUACUACGGUCUCCGUUGCCCCUACAGUACAAACGGAUUCCUCGCCGACAAAAGAAGACGCAAUUGUUCCGGGAAAGAGGAAAAGAGGCAGGCCCAAGGGGAGUAAGAGCUCCAAGGUCCGCGCAGAUAAAGGCAAAAGGCACAUGUCGAAGGCACUCAAAUACAGCGUGCCACUUGUCAUACCCGCUGUGGCUGAAAAUGAGAGUGUAGCUGAAGGUGACAAUAUGGAGGCGGAUGUUCCAGUAACAAGCGACGACGCCGCGACGCCCGUACUCCCUGAUGAUCCUAAUACACAAUCGAAUGCUCCCAAGAGCACUCCGGUGGCUAAAAAGAGGGGUCGACCAAAGGGUUCCAAAAACCGGCCAAAGACCAACAUCAAUGAUGAGAAUCAGACGGCGCCGCGUACCCACGACGCAACACCUGCACAGACGCAAACAACUGCUACCCCUCCAUCUGGCACUGCAAAUGCCGAGAAUAUCAUAUCUAACAAUGACUAUUCGGCGCAAUCACAGUUUGCAGGAGACAACCUAGGCCGACAUCACGCAGAGUCGAGUCCCAAUCAGCCAAACAUGUCAACUCAACAACCCAUCGCCGCCAGCACAAGCAGCAGCUCGCCAAGAAAGAGAUAUGUCACACAGCAAAGUCAGUUGGAUGUUCUAGGAAGCAACAAUCAAGUUGCUCCUUCGUCUCAGGCGCCCCAGGGGACGAAGCGUCAACGCGUUUCAAACGGAAGCGUUCCAAACAUUGGUUCCGGAUCGCAGCCUGGAUUCCUGUCAGGCAAUUUCGACUCUCAGACCCAAUCCAAUGGCUCUGGAGUUGAAGGAAUGGGACUGGGGCCACAUGCUACCCAGACAUCACGGCUUGGACAGUUCUACAUAGCUACCUCUCCACAACAGCAACAGCUAGAGUCGCCAAACCUGAGUCAUGCCAUACCAAGACAGCAAACCAACCAUCCAUUUGCGUCUCAGCGUAUAAAUGCGGCGGCACAGAACUAUCACUAUAACCAACACGGCUUACAGCAAACCUCUCAUCACAUGACACCGAUUAGCCCCUCGGGUCGCAGCUUUGGUCCGACCAUAGCUAACAAUGCCGAUGUUCGCUUAUCUCAAGAUCAGGCUAAACAACAACCAGCCGGGCCACAAGCUGGAGGGAGAAAGCAAGGCUAUUUCAGCAACCACAAUCGACCACCCGGAACUCAAUCAUCCGCUAAUACCGCCCUGGGCGCCUAUUCUACUUUUAACACUCAAGGCUUCAUGUAG